AUGGCAACUUGUUUCGCACCCUUCUCCAUUUCUGGAGGAUCUCAUGUGAAGUCUGGUGAGCCGUUGUUAACAAAGCCUGACUCGUGUGGGAUUGGACCUAAGCUCACUGUUCAAAGGAGAUCAAACCUUGUGAUCAAGAAGAACAACCGAUCUUCAUCAAUUUGUGCUGAAUACCGUGAUAAUAGAGGAGGUGGAGGUGGGGAUUUUCUUGCUGGAUUCCUUCUGGGUGGUGCAAUUUUUGGAACUGCAGCAUAUAUCUUUGCUCCCCAGAUUAGAAGAUCUCUGCUAAAUGAAGAUGAAUAUGGGUUUCGAAAGGCGAAAAGACCAAUAUAUUACGAUGAGGGAUUAGAGAGGACCAGACAGACCUUAAACGAGAAGAUAGGCCAACUAAAUUCUGCCAUUGAUAAUGUAUCUUCCCGUUUGAGAGGUGGCAACAACGUACCUGCUGCAAAGAUAGAAACUGAUCCUGAGGUGGAAGCAACCAUGUAA